AUGGAUGUAACUAGUUACUUGCAUAUACUUCUGGCUAACGAAGUGUUGCGUGACAAGCUGAUUCAGCAUUUUCAAGUGGUCGAUAAAUUUCUGUCUCAUCCAGCAUGCACAAUAAUUCAGCAGAUCAAAUUUGACGUGGAUCUCAUUGAAGUAUCAAACGAGUACUUCUCGAUCAAAGCCCGAAAGUUCAUCGUCUGCCCUAUCACGGAAGCCAUGCAUGGAAAACUGUCGCCAAGAUCUUUUGUUCCGCCUGACAGUUCCAAACCGCCGAAGCCUGGUUAUUUUUGGAAAGGUAUUGUCAACUCCUUUCCCGAUGACGACGUGCGAGUGCGGUUGCUGCAUAAGGUAUGCAUCAGUACCUGCUCGCGUUCAGCAUGCCUCACAAGGUGAAGAACGUGGUAGUGGUUGGCCCCAAAGAUUCGGGCAAAACAUCUUGGUCCAACAUCUUCCAUCGUGUUAUUAACGCCAGCUACAUUAUUUAUAUUGCGUCGCUCACUAUAUAACGAGAGACAACUUUCUGCUCCUAUGAUCAACAACGAAACUCAGCUGGCCCUCGUAGACGAGGUAAAGAGGUACAGAAAAUCCAUUUCCAUGCAGACACUUUCCACAGCAAUUUUGUUUGAAGUAAUCAUGUGUUUAUUGCCUGUUGAUAGCCAGAUCAAUAUAUUUGUGGUUUAUAUAUUUCUGUUUUCUCUAUUUAUAACAUGUCAUGCAGAAACGUCUGUUAAAAUAUGGCUAGAAACCAAUUUUCACUGUACACCCCGCUAAGUUAAAAAAUACUUACAUUUUCUAAUAGAUUUAAACAGGCUGAAUCCAAUUCUAAAAAGUUGUUGUUGAUAAACCCUGCAGUUUUUGUAAAUUGCGAUCAAAAUGUUAAAAAAUGAUCAAAAUGUUCUGGCCUUGUACGAAGAUAUAGUUAGCAACACCAGGCAUUCUUUCAAGAUUAUGAACUUAUGUGGACACUAUUUCAUCUUUAUGGCGUGUAAUAAAGGACGAAACAAACUUGAAUAUAUAAAAUACAUAUUUAAACAAUACUAUAAUUUAUAAUAGUCCAGCUGUUAUCGACCAAAAAAAUGCCGAAUUGUUCAAAUUGGUGAUGAAAGCAUGAAACUUUCACAGAUUACAAAUAUGCCUAUGGGGAAUAUUUCUUGACAUAGGGCCAAGCCAAGUUAAGCCAUGGGGCCGUGAACUGCGCAUGUCAGAAAUCUUCCAGCAUGGAAACGAGGCCGAAACUUAAAACAGCCUAUGACAGAAGUGUAUAGACUUUUGUUGACAUCAAAAUUUUCCUUAAGAAUCCACUAUCAGUUAAUAUGUGUUCAUAGUACCUUUGGGGUGAUAUUGUAUUCAUUUGACCACUUUUUAAGUAUAUUCUCAUUGAGAUUUGGGUACCUGUGGUGAAAUUUUUAUUUUUCAUUUUACAAGCUAUUUUAACUAUUUUGAGGCCGAAAUUAUCCCUAAAUGACUCAUUUACAAUGUAGUGUUGACAUUAAAAGUUUUUCAGGUGUUUUCACAUUUUUAUCUAUCUCGGUCUAGUUGAAUUUGCAGAUCCUACAGUUUUGUCAAUAAACACUAUUUUAAUAUUUGCCUGAAAUAUAUUAAGAAUAUUGUUGGAAAGAACUAAACACAACAAAAACUAUUAUACAUGUAAUAAUAGGUGUGACAAUUGUCGCAUUUUCAUGACUUUAUGAGUGGCUGAUUUUAUGAGUAGUUUAACAGUUUAUAGUUGCACUGGCCCCAGUCCCCCAUCCUUUUCAAGAUGGCCGCCUUCAUGGAUACUUACAGCUGUUCAAGGUAUGUUAAAAAUGGUAUAAAAAUAACAAAUAAAUAUUGUUUUAAGGGGAUUCUUGUGGAUAUAAUUGUUUCCUGUAUGUAAUUGGAAGCAUAUAUAUACAUAAUAUAAAUGUAAAUGUGAUUUAAGCCCAAAUUUCGUAUUUUAAAAUCAGUAAAUUAAGCCGAAUUACUAUAAGCUAACUUGAAGAUUUCAAUUAUAUUUUCAGUUGAGCAUGGACUGGAAACUGUGUAUUAUAUGUCAGAGAUCCACUAAAGAAGCUCUUCAAUGCCCGGCAAGAUCUAAACGUAAAGAUGCUGGGGCUGGCUAUUUUUCGUUUAUUCGCAGUGCUUUAGGAUAUAGGGCUGAAAUAGGAAUAGAAGUGACCCAAAUUGACAUAGAAAGCCCGGGGAUAGAACAGACCUUGACGAUUCACAAUGCAUCUUGGCAUAAGUCAUGCAGAGAUCUAUAUAAUAAUACGAAGCUUGAACGUGCAAAGAAAAGAAAAUUAGCUAAAACUGACAAAGACGAAGAUAGACCCGAUGAAGAACCUUCCAGCUCAAGUCCUGUGAAGUCCAGGCGAUCAUCGAUUUUGACCGGUCCUGUGGCUGCUCAAAACCUUCAAUGUUUUUUCUGUGACAAGCAAGAUAGCCCUGAUAACUUACAUUGUGCUUCGACCUUAGAGGUAGACCGUAGAGUCCGAGACUGUGCCAGGCUUUUGAAUGAUAGUAGUCUAAUUGCUAAACUCUCUACUGGUGAUCUGAUUGCUAUGGAGGCAAAAUAUCACGCCAAUUGUUUGGCAAGCCUUUACAACAAGACAAGGCCGAUAAGGAAAAAAAGCUCAAAAUCUAGUGAUGAGUUACCCGUAGACGUUGAAAAGCUUGCGUUCGCCGAGCUAAUAGCAUACAUCGAGGACAUCCUGGAAGUAGAAACAGCUGUGCUUACAUUAUCAGAGUUAGUCCGAUUCUAUCAAUAUAAGCUCAAGGAACUAGAGGCAGACUGUGGAAAAGUGAACUCCACCCGAUUGAAAGAAAGAGUGCUAAAGGCAUUUUCUGAUCUAACUGCACACGCGGAAGGUCGUGAAACCAAUUUGGUAUCGAGGCAUGUAAUAGGAGGUAUUCUGACAGAAGUGAAAAACAAAGAUUCAGAUGCAUGUUGCCUUGAGAGGGCCGCACAUAUCGUGAGGAAGGACAUACUUAAUGUGAAGAACUCAUUUAAUAGAACAUUUCAGAUCAAGAAGAAUGUCAGAAGCAGUCUAUCCCAGCUUCUUUGCUUACGUUAAUUGGCAUGCUGAUAAAAGGUCCCUCUACAAAGUCUGACCCAUCAGAUAGCCAGUCAUGUAUAUCCAUCGCCCAAUUAGUUGUGUUUAACAGUGUCUCGAGGUCUCAUAAUCGGCCAGAUGCCACUGGCAGUAUGCACCAUAUCAGAUCACGAGAGUGCCCAUUACCUAUUUAUAUAGCCUUGAAAAUACACUGAUGUACAAGAGACCGGUCUCUCAUCGAUGCCUUUUACAGUCUUGGCAUGUGUAUAUCAUAUGAACGCCUGCUCACCGUAUCUACAGAAUCACCAACAGUGUGCUUGAUAGGUAAAAACACCAUUUGAAAAAUCUUCUUCUUUUCUGUAUUGUCUCUAUAUCUUCUUGGAUCACCAAAGUCCAGCAUUAUGCUGACAUUAUAGACUGUAUCGUGCACAAACAGAUAUUAUAUCUUUUUAUCUAUUCAAUCCAAAUGUACCCAAAUUGAAUUAACUAAUGUUUUUAUUAUAACAUCAGAAAUUAUCGAUGUCUCAGCUAAGGCCCGGUUUCCAUUUGGUCCGUAGCUGUUGCUGGCACGACAAUAUCAACAUAUAUCUGCAAUCAUUAAAGUCUGAUUUUCACACAAGAUACAAAAGACAAUAUAAAUUUAGACUAUAUCACGUGUACCACUUGUUAUGUCCCCAACAGCUAAGGACCAGGGGCCGAUUGUAUAAAAAGUAGUUAAAGUUAACUACAGUUAGCGCGAUAGUUGACCAAUUAGAAUCGAGUAUUUAAGAGUUAACCAUAUUUAACUACAAAUUUGAUUUUUUUUAUUAUAAUCAUUGGUUACUAUUGUGCUUAAUUGUAGGUAUGAGCGUGAAGAAGUAGUAUGUCCAUCCCAGUUAAGAAAAGGGUUAUUCACCACAUCUGCUGUGGACAACAUUGACAACAACACCAGUUCGACCACCACACAGACAUCGUUCCACGGGACGGCCAUUUCUCUUGUCCCACACCCCAACACUAACAACCAAGGAACCCCAAGAGCUACGGACACGUUUGACCCCACUGCGUCAACUACCACCAAGACAAUAGCUCACCUCCCAUCCAGUUACACUGAAAUAGCUCCUAUGACACAGCCCAACGGUGACUUGUAUGCUCCACGUGUUCCAGAUCAGUCCCUGGCACCUCCCGCCCCUCCUGACUCUAGCCUGAUAGACGAAGAGAAUGACUGA